AUGGCUGAUAGUACAGUAAAUUCGACCAUUGACACCAUUUUAACAAAUGGAACGAUAUGGAUUUGUGAACCCAUAUCUAAGAAUCCAAGGUUAAGAGGGAUUUUCUUUUCGGAUAAUCCAUUUAAUUACACAUUGCCGGUUCUUUUUAUUCAAAUCUCUUUAGUUUCUAGCUUGACUGCAACUUUACAAUUCUUGCUUGAACCUAUUGGGGAGACCAGAUUCUUUUCACAAAUGCUGGCUGGCAUGAUGCUAGGACCAUCAGUUAUAGGACAAAGUGCUUUCCUACAAAAGUGGCUAUUCCCAACAAAAACAUUCUACAUAAGUGAGACAAUUGCUUUUUUUGGCGGCAUGAUAUUUAUCUUUUUAAUUGGAGUAAAAAUUGAUCUAAGUAUUGUUGUAAGAUCGGGAAAAAAAGCUUGGGCAAUUGGAGUAUUAUCAUUUCUCAUUCCAUUAUUAUUAUGUUCUAUUGUUUAUUGUUUUACAAGAAAAACAUUACCCCAUGAUCAUCCUCUCUAUAAGUCUUUAUUUUCAAUGACACUCAUCUUCUCAAGUAGUUCAUUCCAUGUGACCGCAAUCCACUUAGCAGAUUUAAAGCUAUCAAACUCCGAAAUGGGACGAUUAGCGAUAUCUUCAUCCAUGGUCAGUGGAACCAUUUCGUUAGUGUUGGUUACCGCAAUGAUAUCCCAAGGAAAUACUUUUUCCUUGAAAGAUAAGACUUUGUUCUUGAUGGGCAUGAGUUUACUUGUUAUGAUUACUUUCAUAUUAUAUGUUUUACGUCCCAUAAUGUUUUGGAUGAUAAGACAAACACCUGAAGGGAGACAAAUGAAAGAAGCACAUAUAAUAUCAGUGUUUUUAAUGCUAAUGGGUUGUGCGCUUUUUAGCGAAAUUAUUGGACAACAUGUUCUGGUUUUACCUAUCAUUUUUGGUAUAGCUGUACCUGAAGGUCCUCCAUUAGGAUCAGCAUUGACAGAUAGAUUGGAUACAUUGGUUUCGUCAAUUUUUUUGCCGUUGUAUUUUGUUUAUAGUGGUUCUAGAUUCAAUAUUUUUAUAAUUGAUGGCCAUACCUUUGUGAUUGUUCAACUUCUUGCGAUUGUUGCAUUCCUUGGGAAGGUUGUAGGAACUAUAUUGCCUUCAAUUUUUUGGAAGAUGCCAAUUGCCGAUGUUAUAGCUUUAGGACUACUUAUGAGUGCUCAAGGCAUCACACAUUUGCUUUACUUGCAAACAGGUCUAAAUAUUAAGAUGUUAGAUGAACAAUCAUAUGGCAAUGCAUUGAUAGCAUUACUAUGGUUAACCGGAGUCACCACUCCCAUUGUGAAAUUCUUAUACGAUCCGUCUAAGAGGUACUUAUCUUUAAAUAGAAAAAGAACCAUUGAACAAUCAACUCAAGAUAUAGAACUACAUCUCAUGACCUGUAUACAUACUCAAGAAACCACACCUUCUAUAAUCAAUAUUCUUGAAAUGUCAAACCCUUCAUUGGAAAAUCCUAUUUGUCUCUAUGUUCUACAUCUUAUUCAACUAAGAGGAAGAUCAACCCCAGUUUUCAUAGAUCAUCAAUCGACUAGCAAGAAGAAUCCUCUGCACAAGAAUUACUCAGAGCAUAUAAUAAACGCGUUUCGGUCCUACGAGAAACAAAAAUCCAACAAUGUUGUUGUGAAACUCUACACGUCGAUUUCUCCUUAUGAGACAUUGCAUGAUGAAAUAUGUAUGCAAGUUGCUGAAAAGAGAGUUUGUUUGUUGAUUGUGCCUUUUCAUAGACAAUGGAAAUCAAAUGGGACAACAGAAUUCGAACACUUGAUAAGGGCAUUAAAUCGCCAGCUUCUCAGGACGGCACCUUGUUCUGUUGGGAUUCUAAUCGAGCGCGGUACUUUGAAUAUACGCAAUCCUUUAAUAAAUGUAACAUUUUAUAAUGUUGGAAUAGUCUUUAUAGAAGGAAACGAUGACCGUGAAGCCUUAGCCUAUGCGAUACGGAUGGCAAACAACCCGAUUGUAAGGAUCACAUUGGUUCGACUAAUGGAGCCUCAGAAGAAAAAUAAGAACUUGAUAAAUAGGGAUCCAGAUGGGGAUUUGAUUCAUAGGUUUAAAGUGGAAUGCAUCCAAAUUAAACGACAUGAUUAUAAAGAGGAAGUAGUAAGAGAUAGUGUUGAAAUGAUAAAUGUUCUAAGGUCACUUGAAGGUUGUUUUGAUUUGACUUUGGUUGGUAGAAGACAUGCAAGUGAGUCAAGUUUGUUUAGUGGAUUAGCUAAUUGGUAUGAGUAUCCUGAACUUGGACCUAUUGGUGACUUGUUAGUUUCUUCCAAUUCUACUUUUGAUGGUUCUGUUAUGGUGAUUCAACAACAAAAGAGAUCAGGGAUUGGUUAUGAUUUGCGUUUAGAUUAUGGUGUUUUGCCAAAGCAAGAAAAAGUAACCAUUAAUGAUAGAAAGGUGUGUCCAAUUGUUUAA